AUGGCAGAAGUAGAGUCGCACAGGACUCCUGGUCCACUGGUGCUGGAUGCCCAAGCCUCAGAAAAUUGGAGGAAAUUUAUUAUGCAGUUCGAAAUUUACCUAGUGGCGAAAGGAAAGGAUGAGAAACCUGACAAGUUAAAGGUGAACUUGCUACUCAAUUGUGCUGGAGCAGAUGCAAUUGAAGAAUAUAGUCAUUUUGUUUUCAACGAAGGAGAAAGCAAUGAAUCUUAUGAAGAUGUGUGUAGAAAGUUCAAGGAACACUGUCAGGGAGCAAGAAACGUCAUCUAUGAGCGCCUUGUGUUUAAUCAAAGAAACCAGAAAGAAGGUGAGAGGAUGGACAAUUUCGUGAGUGAGCUGAAACGCUUAUCGUUGACAUGUGAGUUUGGGACCCUCAGAGAUUCACUGAUCAGAGAUCGUAUCGUGGGAGGGGUGCUAUCGAAUGAGUUGAGAGGGGAGUUGUUGAAAAAGCCAGAUUUGACACUCCAAAGUGCCCAUGAUUACUGUAGAACCUAUGAAGCUGCUGAGUUGCAGAAAUUCAAGUUUGCUUCACCAACUGGUUCACAGCAGCCAUUGAGUGUACACCCAGUUCAAGGAAAGGAGAGAGCACCUAAUCCUACCUGUAAGUUUUGUGGUUUUCAGCACCGUUUCACAAAACCAAGUAUUUGUCCUGCCUUAAGAAAGAAAUGUAGAAAUUGCCAACAAGAGGGACACUUUGCAAAGUUGUGUCCUCUUAAGGGUAAGAAAGAAACACCGGUCAGCACAGUAGAGCAAGAAAACCAGGUUGAGAGUAUGGGCCAAGGUGAUCGUGGGGGUGAUCCACACUUAUACUUUGGAUCAGUAGAACUUGGGACUGUCCAGCCCCAAUAG